CGCGCAUGCGCAGGCGCGGGGACGGCUCGUGCCCCUCAGCAGUAACAUGGCCGACUUCGACACUAUAUAUGAGCUGGACGAGGAGGACGAGCGGGUGGUGAUGGACGAACAUUUGAUCCGAUAUACUCCUGACCCCGUGGUGGUGCGAGGGGCUGGGCAUAUAACAGUGUUUGGCCUCAGCAACAAAUUUGAUCCAGAAUUUCCCUCAGUGCUUACAGGGAAGGUGGCCCCGGAGGAGUAUAAGAUGAGUAUUGGUCGGGUAAAUGGAUGUUUAAAGAAAAAUCUUCCCAUCAAUGUGAAGUGGCUUUUAUGUGGUUGUCUGUGUUGCUGUUGCACCUUGGGCUGCAGCCUGUGGCCUGUCAUCUGUCUUAACAAAAGAACUAGAAGAUCAAUACAAAAGCUGUUAGAAUGGGAGAACAACAGAUUGUACCACAAGCUUGGUUUGCACUGGAAGUUAAGUAAAAGGAAAUGUGAGUCCAGUAACAUGAUGGAAUAUGUAAUACUAAUAGAAUUCUUACCAAAAUUUCCUAUAUUCCGACCGGAUUGAAGAAAACCCCACCACCGAAGUAACAGCAUAUCAUUCCUGCCCUUAGUGCCUUGUAGAUAUCUGAACAGAUGACUGCCAAUACACCUGUUUUAACAGUAAUCUACUGUAGUGAGUGUCAAUAUCUUUCUAAUCUAUUUUCUUUCUUUCACAAAGCACAUUUUGCACAUGUAUUAUUUUCCCUUUCUCUGAAGUGUUGCACUCAAUCUGUUACCUCAUUCACUUGUUGAAUGUGGAGAUUUUCACUUUGAAAGAACUCAAAUCUUGUACAUAGUGCUUCAGUCCAUAUUGUACAGUGUGGUUAUAUUAAUGUUUACAGAUUGUAAUGUUACUCCUUUACUACAUCCCAAGAAUCUAGAAAUAUGGAAGGACUUUUUGAUUGUGUGUAUUUUUGUGCGGAUUUUAAUCUGCACACCAUAUUCAUAAUGAGAUUAGCAAUGCAACUGGAAGUGGAAGUGCCUUUUACACUAGGAACAAUUAUUCCCAUUAAAGUCAAAGAUAAACUCUAAUGUACACUGCAUGCUAAGGACGUUAAUUAGAUGAAAACUAAUUUCUGCAAUAGGGCUACUGAACUUAAGUAUUCUGAUCAUUAUUGCCGUCUACAGGUAACUAAAUUUUAUUGUAUAACUCGCAAAGCAUUACUAUGUUGAAUAUUAUAUUUCAGUAUGGAUAAAGGAUAAAAUGGAUGGAAGAUUCAAUGUAUGGUUCCUAUUAGUAUCAAAGGUCCCUUAGUUAACAUGUUUUCCUCACUCCCACAAUACUUUGCUUUUUAACCUCUGCUUUAGCUUGGGUAGUCCUGCUGAAAUUUUACUAAAUGAUUCAUUUCCCAAUUGAGAAUCUUUGUUUAAUUGGUAACACCUAAGUUUUAAUCAUGUUGCUAAAUAACAGUUUUAUAUAAUUGGGAGUUUUCAUUGUGAAAGAAGAAUACAUUAUGAAUAUUUGUGUCAACAAGAAUUUUUAAUUUCUAUCCCUCCAAAGCAUACUGCAGAAGACUUUGUGUUCCUAUUCUACAAAGAUUUGGCGGGGGGGGGGGGUGUGGAAUUUAGUAAAAAUGCAAGUUAUACAUGUUGAGCUCUCUUUUCAGGAAUAUUAAGUUUUGUGGAUUUUAUUUUUAGUAAUUAGCGCACAUUUUUUUAAAGUAGGUGGAGUUGGCCACUCUGCUUAACUUUAAACAGUGGAGCCAAAAUUCAUUGCCUAUUUUUUUUUAGUACCUUGUACUUUCUAGCAUAGAGAUAUUUAAUUACAGUAGUGUAAUAGGAAAAGAUUUUUUGCAACUUGGGAAGGGCAGAAUAUUUGAGAAUUUUAUGAACCUUUUAAUAUAUAUACCUGCCACACCUGUACUACAUUCUGUAACACAAUUCUUCUUUGGAUCACUGUAGAUAGCGCCUCAUUUAGUGUCAGGGCAGGAAGACAAAAUGGCCUUUGGUGCACUAAAGCUAGUCUCUUUAGUACCCAAACUCACUCUCUCGUCACAGUAUCCAGCUGCAUUUUUAAUGACCUUUAAUGUAUUUGGCUCUACUGCCCUUGCUGGUAAAUUAUUGCAAGCAUUUGAUCCUUUAAAUAAAGGAUGCCCUAAUAGCUGUUUUAAAUUUUGUGCUUGCCUUAAUAUUCCAUGUUAACAGUGUCUCUACAUUUUAAUGUAUUUUGAGGACCCCUCCUUCCUUUUUGUUUACCCCACCCCCAACUCAUAUUUUAAUUUAACACACAUUUCCUCUUCUUCCUCUUAGUGCCAGAACUGAAUUUUUUUUUCCAUUUUGGAACUUCUAAGAGUCAAUCAAAUGUAUAAAUUAGUCAUGUGGAUUUUAACCAGUUGUUGUUAAACUGAGUAAAAUUGGUCCAAAGAUGUGGAGAAAGUGCCAAAUUAACUAAAUGGUUUACCUGUGGAAGUAGUUGUCUAUUCUUUGUAAUCACCUACACAUUUGCCUGUGAAUCAGAAUUGAUAGAUCUCAAGAUAACUUACACUUGAAUUAUCUUGAUUUUAUUCUAUGGAUUAUUACUCUGCCCAAACAAUUUGACCUAGAUUAUUUCACAGUAACUUCUAAAAUUAUGAAAAAACAAAACUAUUGGAUAAAAUAGUUCCCAGGAGCAAAAAUCAUGUUAAUUACCAUAUGGCUAUUCAUAGCCACACUUUUUUAAAAAAUGAACCACCUCCCCUCCUGCCUUGUGCAUUCCCUCACAUUAAUUUUGAUGCGUCAUUUAUCAAAUUCAGGUGGGUUAUUUAAAGACUAUCUAAUUGCAUCAAUGUUGCUAAAGUGUUAGUAAGAAAGGGAUAACUGCCAGGUUGCAUUGAAGUAAAAUGUAUUACACAUCAGAUUUGUAAAAACUGACCAGACAUUGUGUGUUUAGCAUGUUAGAACACUAUUGGCCUGAUGAUGUUGUAAUGCAGCUUCCUGCAUACUGACUUUUAUAAUAAAAACGGUGCUGGAAAAUCUCAACCGGUCAGACAGUGUCUGUGAAAAGAGAAAACAGUUAAUGUUUUCAUAUUGGACUUGAAACAUUAACAUUUUCUCUCUCCACAGAUGUGGCUAGAUCUGCUGAGUUGUUCCAGCACUUUGUUUUUAUUUCAGAUCCCCAGCAUCAGCAGUAUUUUGCUUUUAUAUUAUUGACUUUUUAUGUUGCCUAUUUUUAACCAUAAUUGUGCUCUUUGCCAGAAUUUUACAUCAGAGUUUAAUAGAAAAAUAUUAUGAAGUAGUAAUUUGAAAGGUUACAAGAUAGCUAGGUGUACCCUGAUAUUCCUACACAUCCCUUUUUUAAAAAAAAAAUCUUUAUGGUUUGUUUAAUUUGAAUGUUGCUAGUACAGGUCCUAAUAUGGAGGAAAAUGUUCCAUUUCAAAUUUUUGAAUAACCUUUUCAUGUUUUUUAUUCAAUGUAUUUUUUUUGUUUAUUUGAAAGUGCAACAAAUUGGUCUUGUUAACUGCAGAAAAACAAAGUUUCAAAUGCAGGUCUAUGCUGUUUGGAAGCACUUUCUUCAAACAUACUUGUUGCUUGUGGAUGAAGCAGUUUAAAAAUUGGUCCAAUAAUCAGGACUACAAUGUGGUUGCAUGAUAGAUUGUACACAGUUGUAAAUGACAUCAAAAAUUAAAGCAAUUUUUGCUGGCAACACCAUGUGAAGAAUGUAGAAUACAUAUUUCACUACAUGUAGUUUUUAAAACUAAUUUUAGUUAAGUUAUUUGACAGAUUAAAAGAUCCUUUGUCAAGUGGAGCAUGUUUUAAGUAGGUACUCAAGUGAUGUCAGAAGAAAGUAAAUUAAUUCAAACACUUUAUUUGAAUAAAGGGGAAAUUUUGCAAAGGUUCACCAUUGUUGCAUAAUAUUUGUUGGUUGCGUUAUUAAACAUGGCUGGGGAAAGAGAAGAAAACAACUCCAAAUUUCCAAACAUAGAAUUCAGUUUACUAUUGUCAAAUCUAGCCUUUGCACUGUAUUCCAAUUACAUCGUCUAAACCGCGUUGUGCUGAACAUGCUGUAGACCAAUGGAUAAGCAUAUAGAUAAAUAUCAGUAUUUUAUGAAAUCUUUUCAAAAGUAUUGGCCUAACCAGUAAAGUGCUAUACUUCUUCUGAGUUGCACCCAGCACUAGAAAUUCAUAACAUGUCAGUAACUCAAUCACAUUGCCAUUGUUUGAAUUUUUGCCAAUUGAAGUAUCUAAUUUUCUUUUCUUCUCCACCCCCUCCCAAAAUCUUCUGUCAUAAUUAAGCUUACAGUUGACUGUUUUGUGUAUUUAUAGAAUGUACUACUUUCCAUCCCACUAGGUCAUUUAUGAACAUGUAUAAAUAAAACAAGUUUUAAGUAUA